AUGAUGGUCGGCGCGCUUGUCGCCAAGAUAGGGGCUGGAGUAAACGCGUCGAAAGCUACUCGUGACGCUGGGUCGGCCUCGACAUCAGCUGCGCUAGCCCAACAAAAAACACGUCCAAAUGAAGCGAUCUUCAACACGCAGUUUACAACCGCUGGCAAGCGAUUCCUGACCAAAGUCAAGAAAAAUCGCGCCAUGCAGGUUGACCGCCGAACGCGAGGCUUUCAGCACGGUGUCGACCACCGGACGGUGGUCCUUGACCCUUUCACGCGAAGUCACUAUCGGAUAAUGCUGGUGGAUCCAGACAUGCUACGCCGUGAAAACCUUGCUGAUGAUCUCGAACAGCGUUUCGAAAUCUUCGUAGCACCCAGCAAUGAACGGGCAUUUGCACUGCUGGGGCUUUUCCAAAUGAACUUUGUCCUGCUGCGUCUAGAUAUCGGUAAUGAUCAAACUGCAUCGACCAGUCCAGCACUCUCGUUUCUAAGAGAAAUGAAGCGUAGUUGUUUCCGAACACCCGUUGCAGCUCUAGUAGACCCCUCUUUCAGUACUGACCAUGAGACACAGAAGCUACUAGCACGUGCACUUCAGCAAGGUGGCAUCUGUGGCUACUUCGAACAAGGUCUCGCACCCGACAUCAUGACAGAGCGAAUUGCUAAACUGUUGCGCUCACUUACGGUGGCACAAAAAGAACUCACUCGAUGUCUCGCUGCUAAGACACGUGCCACUCCACCAAGCUCAGCUACUGCGUCCAAGCGACUGCCAACAACCGAAGUACCAAACACUCGACCAAGUUCAGUCACGUUUGAUCGCCCCGGAAUGCUAUUGGAGCUUAGUCUGAACCAACGUAAGCAGUGUCUUCGUCAACGCGAGUCGCUCCAAGUGACUCUUGUGCCAGCUCCACACUCUGUCCUUGGCGUUGACAUUGACAAGAAGAUCCCCCCGCUCCCUUCUCCAAAGCAAGUGAGUCAGCUGAUCUACACACGACCACAAGAACUACAGACGCGAAUCGAUCGGCAUCUGUAUGAGCGUGUGCAUAUCUCCGGCCCACCUGGACCUGUGCCUCAAGAUCCUCUACUGAACCACUGCGUAGUCAUUGACCCACGCGCACAAGGUCGAGAUCUCGUGGUGGGGAAGGCGUACAUGUUGUACUGCGAACAGCGUCUGGAUGAGGCUCUUUUGCACUGCGACCGAGCACUACGAACCCUCAAUUCAACAUUAGAGAAGCUGGCACGGCUUCUUCGAGGAGCUCUGUACGACGCUCGAGGGGAACAUACUCGAGCCGAAACAGAGUUCCUUGCUUGUCUGCAGCUGGACCCGUCACUGCACGAAGCUCACUUUAACCUCAGCGUCGCUCGACUCAAACUGGGUAAAGAUGCUCUUGCACUGGAAGCUCUUACACAGGCGUUGACACUUGAUCCACAGAACGACAAGUAUUUACAGAACCGUGGUCUCAUAUAUCGUCGUAUGGGGCAGUUUGUUCAAGCACAAGACGAAUACUGCAAACGGGUCAGCAAAUGUGACUUGGACGACGGACUAUUUGCCCAUUUAUUCGGUAAACCCACACCUGAUAAAUUGGCAUUGGCAUGUCCGUCAUCGGAGCGUUCAGUCGACAUGCUCAGUGCAAUUGUAGCGAGACUGCGAACGCUUUUAUUCUUCCAGGACUUUUCACGUGACAUGCUCACUCAAGUAGCCCAAGUGCUGGACUAUGAUGUAGUAGCAUGCGGAAAAAGCUUCGUGCUGGGAGAAACCCACUCGCAGAACUUCUACGUGCUACUAGGAGGAAGACUCAGUAUUCGUAGACGAUUCGGAACGACCGAUUUCGGCUCAACAGUGACGACGCACCAUCUCGGAACGGGCUCAGUUUUCGGGUGUGCAGGCUUCACGAUCUCCGCCCAGGCGUCGCUUAUAGCGGACGAGUGUGCUGAAAUCGGAAUUCUUUGGCCUGGCGACUACGCAGCGACGAUCCGAGCCGUGACUUCACAGACGAAUCAAGAUAUCUUUGCAUUCUUACAACAACUACGAGGCUUUCGUCUGCUUUCCACUAGCGAGCUCGGCCAUUUUGUGGGCAUAUCAGAGCGAAAACGAUUCCGCAAAGGCGACGUAUUGCUGGAACAAAACGAGCAGCCGCGACACCUCAUUGUCUUAUGGAAAGGGAGCUGCUCAGUCUAUCAGAACUUUGAUAACGCACCUCUAAGUCGGCGAAGACUGAGACGAAGUGCUAAUUUCGACGGAUGGAAUGACGACGAUAGCGCUUCAGACGACAGUCCACCGCCAUUCCACCACCUCAUCGCCAAGUCUGAUUGGCCGCUGGGCUUUCAAACUCGUACACGCGCUCGCAAAUACCGUCGUGGGCGCCGCGAUGGCUUGGUGUUGCCUCAAACGCCUCCAGUUGUGAGAUCUCUGAGCACAGCCCCACCACUAACCAUGUCGCUGCCCAUGCGUCGUCUGAAGGACACGCUGUCAUCUAACGACAAGAACGCUCUCGUCCAGAAAUGUGUCGCCCCUGCCGUGUUUGGGGAAUCCAGAUUUCUGGAUCUUACGCACUCGCCAUCCAAGUGCAGCGUGGUAGCAGAAUCACUGGUUGAGGUGCUGCUCUUCGACCACAUGCGACUGCAAGAGAUGGAUCUAUUGCCGGAAGUCAUCAGCGAGUUGUUCGACGCUGCCCCAAAGUACCGGAGCGAGGAGGAGGUCGCUCAAAAGCAGGCAGAUGUGGCCAUGUGGGACGAGUAUCGGAACCUGCGCUUAUUGGAGCUGUCCAAGAACCGCUGGCCUGAUGCAAAGGUGGGAUGUAAUGGCUAA